CGACUGCUGCAGGUCUGACUUGUCUUUUUGGUAAAAACCAAGACAAAUCCAUUAAAAAUGACAGAGGAAGGUGCCUUUAGCGAGCAAAUAGUCGAUGGAAAGAACAAAUCCAAUGUGCGCUGCCAGUUCUGCAAUAGUUUGAUGCUAAAGGCCCAAGAGGGCACCUACAGCGAGGAGGAAGUGGACGUUCCCCUAAUGAUGCAAAAACAAGACAGAACAGCGGACAGUUUAAGCAGCGAAACGCUAAAGAACUUUUGGCUGGUAAAAGACAUGAUGACGUUUGAGAACAUUGGAUUCUCGAACACAUUGGACGGCAGAAAAUUCUUGGUUUGUGCAGAUUGUGAACGAGGGCCCGUUGGCUAUCACGAUCUUAGCACUCGACAUUGCUUCCUGGCCCUUAAAAGGGUAGUUCAUAAGGACACCUAGCUUCCCGAUCAUUGAAAACUUUGCUAAACUUUGCAUUGCUAAAGAUUCCAAUUGAAUUCCUGAAUUUGAUCGUAGUAGAGAGAGAAUGAACGAUUAUAAGUACAUUUAGCAAGCUUCGUUAAAUAAAUAAUUUUAAAAAACUUCUAUUUAAAAUAUUUGUGUUGACAUUAUUGUAAAGGAACGGCAUUUAAUUAAAUAAACUGACUAAUUUUA